AUCAGCAUCAUCAUACCUAGAUAGGGGAAUUUCCAGACAUUCCCUACUGAAUCUUCCCAUUCUUUACUUACUUUUCAUUCCUUCAGAAGCACGCUAUCUCUAAUUCCAGAGAUCACCAACCCACCAUUCCAUCAAGUUUUUUUUCCCCCAGCCACCUGCUUAUCGUUCAUUGGCCCUCGGCACGUAUCAUAUUACUGACCGACUUCAUACAGCUCAUAGUCCUGCUGGAGCUCCGUCUUAUUAUCCCCAUUUCAUUCUUCCUCUUUUCUGCGUUCUCUUGGAGACAUGUCCUAGAGGAGAUUAAUUGCCCUUUCGCGAUGCUCCACAGAUCCCCACUUCACUAUAGUAGGGCUAAAGACGCCCAAGCCCAACGGAAGGUCACUCCUCCUGGCCCCUCAUAUAUGUCCAACGAUCAGAUCGCAAGCUAUCUGAAAGACUUGCGGACAAAUCGACCCAAUCGUCCUGGUGGAUCUCGACCAUUACCGACGCGGAACGCAGAAUCGACCUCCAAUCCUCGUGAGGACCUUCCACCGCGAGCAACAUCUGCUAUGUCUACGUACGGGCAUCCGAGGAUGUCCUCAAAUACAACGCCGACGGAGGUUGAACAUCCCCGUGCUGCAAGUUCCCUCUCCACCCAUCGACCAAUGUCCUCCUUUCGAGGCUCCCAAGGCUCCUCCGCUGGCAGACCCUUGGUUCAAGAGCCCAGAGUUGUCCCGGUUCGAAAAAAUAUUUCACCAACGCGAGUUUAUUCCGGUAUUCCGCCAACAACCUCCCCUACGGCGACCUACCGCGAGAACAACCAACGACGGAUAGAGAGAGAGGAAGCCAGGUCCUUACGGGAUGCAUUGCAAGAAAUGGAUCUCCAAGACGAAAUCCGGGUGCAUCAGGAUGCGCAAGAUGAGGCCACAGAGCUGGUCUGGAUGCAUCAAAACCCUGGGGUUCCGUUGAAAAAUCCAUAUGCACCAUAUCGUAACCCAGACAUGAGCCAGGUGCGCAACGGCCCUGCGGAGCAAGAGCAUGUACUGGAUCGCCGUCAGGAAGCUCGAAGCUCAUGGCGAAACAGUCAUCGCUUGUCACUGAAGGGCCAUUCUGCCAGCAAGAGUGGUCUCGACACAAUAGACCCGGAAGCCUUGAAUCAUGAAAUCCCGAGCCACAAGACGAGCGGAAUACCAAAGAAGAACCUGAAGGUCAACUUUGCGUUGCCACAGGAGGGCAAUUUGGGCGAGCGAUCGAAUAGUGCCUAUGGGCUAGGGCUGGUGGGCGCCAACAAUGACUCGCCUAAGGGCAUCUUUAGGAACCCUAAUGAUCAAAUUUAUGAGGAGCCUCGUGAUCUGAGUCGCAACGAUGACGAUGAACGUUCCAGGUUUUCAAGGUCUGAUUCAUCGGCGCUCAAAACGAAGCCUCGCAAUGCUCUUCCUCAAGGAUCUCGGCCUCUCCCGAGUCGGUUCAGCAGUAUUCCUUUUGUUGACAAACUGUCCCGCUUCGAGAUUCACAAACACCCACCAACUCAAUCGAGGAACCCCGAAUACAAGACCAAUGAGUCACCUUCCCAGCCAACAAAGGCUGCAACUCAAGGAGAUGACCAACCGAUCCUAAAAGACGGCCUUGAAAUUCGCAGUGAUGACAUCAGGGCGGCUACCAGCAAAAAAAGAUCGGAUCGAAGUUCGAAGCUACCAAUGCCAAGUGCGGUUAGUGAUCGCGCUGGUCGGCCGAUUGUGAGUUUUGAUCCGACCUGGAAACCUUUGGAGGCUCAGGGUCCUCCCAAGCGGGAGCACGUCCAGGGGAGUGAUCCGGAUCCUCGGGUGUCUCGUUCCACCCCUCCUGCACCUACCAUUGAAAUCUCCGAGGCCCCCUCUAUCCCUGUUAUCAAUUUACCAGACGAUAAGGAACCCACCAUAGCGGAGAUGGAGCUGUCUUCUAGGGCUCCAAAGCGAACCCCAAAGCCGUUGUCGAGUCCCAAUAGCAACCCGCGGUGUAAUUCUUCUUUCAGGAGAUUCAUACCGUCAUCUCAAGAUCGCUGGAUGUCUACCUACUCACGCUCCGGUGUCCCAACUGCAAAGUGUGAGGCUUGCUCUCUUCCAAUCUCUGGGAAGAUUGUCACUGCUGCUGGAACACGAUUUCAUCCAGAGUGUUUUACUUGUCACCACUGUCAAACGCCCCUAGAAUGCGUAGCUUUUUACCAAGAACCAGACGCCAAACGCAAUGUGCGACUUGCAGACCCUUCAACGGAGGAAGAGGACCAUGCAUUGAGGUUCUACUGCCAUCUCGACUUCCAUGAACUAUUUAGUCCAAGAUGCAAAAGCUGCAAGACUCCUAUUGAAGGAGAGGUGGUCGUGGCAUGCGGUGCCGAAUGGCAUGUUGGCCACUUCUUCUGUGCCGAAUGCGGUGAUCCCUUUAGCCCAGACACACCCUUUGUGGAACGGGAUGGAUUCGCUUGGUGCUUGCAAUGCCACUCCCGCAGAACUGCUCCUCAGUGCUCGGGUUGUAAAAAGCACGUCCUCGACGACGUUGUUAUCACCGCUGUUGGUGGCAAAUGGCAUGAUGAGUGCUUUGUCUGCCAUGAGUGCGGCGACGGGUUUGGUCCGGAAGGCAGAUACUUCGUCCGAGAAGGUGAACCCAAGAGAACCGCCAAAGGCCGCAUCAUUGGAGGCCCUGUUCAACUGGCUGUGUGUGAAAGAUGCGAGGGUAUACGACUCAAGUCGUCUCCCCGAGCUUAAUCACACUGCAUCCAAAAAGCCUUUUGGUGCAGCAUAGAACUAAUGACUUGACGCAGUAUGAUAAGCAGUUGGGCGUUAAAUUGGCAAUUUCAUUUUAUUGGCCCGCAAUUUCGAAUAGGGCAUUUUUACGCGGUUUUUUUUUCAUUUUCAUGGCUCGGUUGUUUUGAGAAUCUUUCUGUUUCAGCAUUUUUAGCACCAUAUCUCCACUGCAUUUGGCAAGCAGGAGCGUCUACGGCAUACGGUAAACUGUCACUGUCUGGAUAUUUUCAUGUUGGAGUCAUCGUAGGCUGAUCAAGGUACAAAGCGAAUUAUAUUAUAUCAAUACAAUAUAUCCAAAA